AAGAAUGCACUUAAACGGAAACGAAAUGCGGUUACAUUCACGUUUGGAAUGUUUUGGAAUCUACGAUACGCGUUUACUUAAAGGACAACAAAAAGGUGAAAAAGAAAAAGCGAUGGAGCCAGAUAAUGUAUAUGUCGUAUGUUUUGGACUUUUGCCUUAAAGGAGAGUUCAAAGAAGCACGCUACAUUUUGACAACCGAUGCUGACGUCGACUUUACGCCGGGGUCAAUCGAUUCUCUUCUUGACAUGAUGAACCGCGAUGAAAAUGUCGGUGCAGUCUGUGCAAGAACUCACCCGCUUGGUAGUGGACCGAUUGUUUGGUACCAGAUUUUCGAGUAUGCUAUAGGUCACUGGUUGCAAAAGACAGCAGAGCAUGUCAUAGGUACAGUUCUCUGUGCGCCGGGAUGCUUCAGUUUAUACAGGUGCUCGGCCCUUGCAGAAGUUCUGCCUACGUACUCGGGGAAAGUUGAAAACGCGUUUGGUUUCCUGACGAUGGACAUGGGCGAAGAUAGAUGGCUGUGUACCCUAAUGGUACAAAGUGGUCGUCGUAUAGACUACUGUGCUAAAGCAGACUGUAGGACCUACUGUCCAGCCACCUUUGAAGAAUUCUUCAAGCAGAGACGGAGAUGGAUUGUCUCAACUAUUGCCAAUCAACUGUUGCUGCUGAAACAUUGGAACAUCAUUGAGGUAACAAACAAGCGUAUCAGCAAUAUUUUCUGGCUGUUUGAAGUUGUUACGCUCAUUUCCACGUUUGUUGGACCAAGCUCUGUGAUAUUAGUGGUAUCAGGCGGCUUAGUGUAUGCCUGGGGUGUCCCUACAACAUGGAGCGCUGUUCUUCAGAUACUGAUCGUCAUAAUAUAUGCAGUUGUUUCCUUGCGAACAUCCCAGACUACCCAAAUAAUUAUGGCAAAGGCCUUGACAUACCUCUACUCUGUAACUAUGUGUGCUGUUAUGGUGGGAAUACUGAUAGAAAUUGUGCAAGAUUUUACAGGGGCAAAUUCGGAUGUGAUUGACAGACGAUUCCGUUUAUCUACUUCCACUUUGUACUUGUUUAUCAUGGUAGGGUUGUUCCUACUUACCGGGAUAAUGCAUUUAUGGAAGGAAUUCCGGUAUCUCCUCUUUGGAUUUUGCUAUUUCCUGGCAAUCCCAGCUGGCUACUUGGUCCUCAUGGUUUACAGUCUCUGUAACAUCACCGAUCGUUCCUGGGGAACAAGGGAAAGUGGCACGGGAGAUACGUUGAAGAUUGAUCAACUAAGAACAAGGGACACAGAUCGGACCGAGGAUGAUUCCUCGUGUUCUGGAAUUCUGAGAAAACUGUGUAGAUGUCUCUGUGUCUGGCGAACUAGAACAGAGAGGGAAAGAGAUGAGUUUGUCGAUGUUGAAUCCCAGCCAGAGCAUGCAGAGCACCUAGGCGGAACAAUAGAAACAAAUGAAAAUCAGACCUCGGAUCCCGAUAGUCCACCGAAUCCAGAGAGUCUACCGAAACUAGAAACAGAAGAGGCGGAAUUCUGGGUGAAAAUCCAAGACCGUAUUAAGCCAGAAGAAAACCGAGAUACAGACAACAUGCUCAAAGGAAAACUUGUCGAUCUGCGGAACACGUGGCUGCUGUUAUUCAGUAUUUCAAACACGCUCUGGAUGAUCCUCAUCUUUACCAUGGCAAGCAACGCACAGCUACUCAAGGUGGUCGGAAGCAACCCCUUAGGUCUUGUUGUUUUGACGAUAUUCCUGAUAGUGCUGACUCUUCAGUUCCUAGCCAUGCUUCGUCACCGAUUAAGCACGUUUGUACACUACAUCGCGCGGAGGAAUAGGGCCCUUGGCGACUCGACGACUCAAAAUGAUAAGACCCCAGACAACUCGACACAAAAACAUUCAAAGGCUUGCAAAAUGCCCUACAAUUUACGCCGUUGCUGCGACUUCAUAAAACGGAAGCCUAAGAUCCAAAGCAAUUCCCCCAUAAAGAACAAUACGACACCAGGCAACUCGACGAUACAAGACAGAGUGUUUCUUAUCGGAAAUGAAGUGGUGUAGCCUGAUCAAUUGUCCUGUUUUCGUGAAGAAAAAAACUCUAGUUUUUGUUUAACUGGAGAUUUUAAGCUGGAGCAAAACUUUUAUACUAACUUUUCUUGAAAUGUUGUA